AUGGGGCUCAGCAAUCCAGGCUCGGACCGGGAGACCUUCUCCAGGUACCUCAAGAGAACGCAAACGUCGGAAGGCGGAUCCCAGGCCGCCAACGAGGACGCCGUUUGGACCAACGUCGCCGAGGAAGAGACCAAGCGGCCCAACAUCGUGGACGCGGUCCCGAGGGUGUACGGGACGCCAAAUCUGAGCGUCGUGGCUGCGAACGUGAUGCCUUCUAUCACGAGAGUCGAUACAAUGGGGACAAUGGCGGCAGAGGAGGGAUCUGAACAGGUCUUUGAAGGGGAGGUCGUGGUAUGCUUGUCACUUCUGGUUUACGCACCAAGUCUUGAACCGAACUGA